GAGAUCUCCUUUGAAAAUGAUGCUUUGGUAGAGGGAGGGAACUUUGGAGAGAUGCACAAUGGAGUUGAUUACCGUGAAGUGCGUCAGUACUGCAGCGACCACCAUCUUGUGCGUUUCUAUUUCUUAACUCGCGUGUACUCUGCAUAUUUGGAAAGCAUCUUGUCAGACUUCCAGGCCGGCCUCCAACCUGACGUUGUUAUCAUGAACUCCUGCAUCUGGGACAUCACUAGGUAUGGCCAGAAACAAAUGGAAGAAUACAAGACCAAUCUAGACCUACUGUUCACCCGCUUGGAUCAGGUUCUACACCGUGAGUGCCUGGUUGUGUGGAACACGGCCAUGCCUGUCGGGUACAAGGGCGGAGAAUUAAGUGCAUAUGUUAAAUGCAACCUACGUUGGGAUAUCGUUGAGGGCAACUUCUACAGCGCUACCUUGGCAGACCUAUACAAGAUGGAUGUUUUAGACUUUCAUUACCACUUCCGGGUCGACCUGAGACACCGUUGCAGAGAUGCCAUACACUGGAAUCAGGUGGCACACCGCAAGUUUACUCAAAUCCUGCUAACUCAUAUUGCAUGUGCCUGGCGGGUGGAGGUGCCUGAUACCAAACGCAUAGAAGGUUGUAAUUUCGAAGGUGUUCCACCUCGUAUGGUCAGAUGGAAUAAAGACAAUGCCUGUCCUUACAAGAAUCCUAGAAUGAAUGAAAGAAGGGGUUGUUACUGGGAUGCCAAUCCGACCAGUGCAGAACUUUGUUUGUUGGGCGCUAUGUCCGCGUGUGUGGAGAGACCGCUGCAUUCAGUAAUCGAUCCCUGUUUUUUAGAUGACAGCCCUCAGAUUGUUGGCACCAUGAUGCCAGGAUAUUUAAGUUUUGAUGGGAACUACUGUAAUGAGAACGGGUCACUGUUUGGCUCUCAGAAGGUAACAACACAUUUGCGUUAA